AUAUUAAGUUAUGUUUCGACGGCUUUCAUAGAUGAUUGGUUCAACAGAACUGAAUGAACAGGUUUGGGCAGGCUCUUUAUAUAAAGAUUCCAACCACAUUUCUGUUCAGAAGACUAAAGCUUCCAUCAGGAAUCUCUGCGCUCUUUGAAGGCGUCGUCACAUCACAGAAUGGCCUCCUGGACUGUGGGCAAACUCCUGAUCUGUGCCGUCCUCGCGGGACACGCAUCAAAGGCUCAGGAUUGUGGACUUGCGCCUCGGAACACGAGAAUCGUGGGGGGUGUGAACGCAACAGCCGGGUCAUGGCCCUGGCAGGUCAGCCUGCACAUCGCUCUCGCUAACUCCCACGUCUGCGGGGGCACACUGAUCAGCGCCCAGUGGGUUCUGACGGCAGCACACUGCAUGGUGAUAACGACACCUGGUGCUUGGAUCCUCUACUUGGGAAGAGAGACUCAAGCUGGCCCAAACGUUCACGAGGUAAGAAGCACCGUGUCACGGAUCAUCGUCCAUCCGGACUACAACAACACCCUCUUCAACAACGACGUCGCUCUGAUGAAGCUCCAAACUCCCGUCGUAUUCAAUGACUUCAUCAGACCCGUCUGCCUGGCGAGUAGCGCCAGCCAGUUCCACACCUUCACCCCCUGCUGGGCCACCGGCUGGGGCCGACUGGGAAGUAACGAGCCCUUAGUGGCAUACGACUCGCUGCAGGAGGUUCAGGUUCCCGUCGUGGGAGGAAACCAGUGUGCUUGUGAUUACCGCCCGGUGGCCGGAGCAAACAUCACCAACGAAAUGAUUUGUGCAGGAGAAGAGAACAAAGGAGUUUGCCAGGGGGACUCUGGUGGUCCUUUGCAAUGCAAACAAGCCUCAAAGUGGAUCCAGGCGGGCAUCACCAGCUUCGGAGUACCGUGCGCCAGGGCUGGUUUCCCUGAAGUCUUUGCCCGAGUGUCUCAGUUCCAGACUUGGAUCAAGGAUCAAGUGGGGGGGGCAAACGUCGGCUUUGUGACGUUCGUGUCCAACGGCACCGAUGCUGACAACAACUUUGUGUGUCGCAGUUCUGGAAACGUGACCACAACUGAUCCCAACACGGCCUCUUCAUUUGCCCCUGUGCUUACAUUUGUCAUCAUCUUAGCGGCAAUAUUGGUGCAGAACAUCAUGGCACAAUAGCACAGUUCUUUACUUUCUACAUAUGGCAUCACAAUGGAGUUUGAAUUUGUCAAAGUUUCACCACACGAUUGCGCACUCUUUUGAAUGUUUUGGGAAUUGCACUUAUAUCUUUUCGUUUGGCCUAUUUAAAAAAAAGGUAACACCACAUAACUUCUCAUUUAUGUAAAAAUCACCCUUAAUAUUAAAACAAAAUGAUAGAAACAAUAUCAGUCACAGAGAUCCUAUUUCCAUGUUUAGGAUAUUAGAAAUAAAUUGUCAACCCGGUUCAUAAAAUAUAUAAUGCAUUUAGUGAACACUAGAAUACAACCAUGAUUAUGUAUUCAAUAAAGUCAUCAAGUCCACUACCAAGUGGCUUAAGAAAUUAAGAUUUUGUGGUUUAUUGGUAUUGUUUUUAAAAAUUAAGAAUUGUAAUUUUUCCUUAGAAUGUUAUUUGGUUGAUGGCAACCUGCCACAAAACCACUAGAUGCCACUAAAACAUUAAAAACAGGGGCUCUUUUAAUUUACAGAAAAGUACUCUAAAGGGAGUGACUGGAGACAAAGUUAUUUUAGUACAAAUAGUAACGUUAAACCCUUUCAGAGCAAAGAAGCAAAAAUGCAAAUAACAUGGAUGAGACUCAAUAGUGACCUUGAAUAAUAACCCCCCCCAAAAAAUAAUAAUUAUAUUUAAUAAUACUGCACCCUCGUGCCGCAAUUCAAAAAAGAAAUCGAGUUAAAAGUGAUCUUCAACUAAUCCUCAUCCUUCACCUCGGACAAACACAGAAAGAGCAACUCACGGCUUGGUGCCUUUGAACCCAUUCGUGCUGACCCUGUCACACCUUUACCGACAGGUGCAGUGUUGCCAUGAACAAACGGAGAGGGCGAUCCCACUGAGCUUCUGUGGGCAAACACUAAAACGCCACUCCGUCUGUGGAAAAGUUAGUGUGCCUUUAUUUGGAAAGAGACACAAAUGAGAAAUAAGACAAUGGCUCUCUUCUCCCCCUCUGAAGGGGCCUUUGGAGUCGGCGCCUGCUGCCUUUUAUUGAGGCAACGUUUGCAGUUCACACUACGUGUGUUCCCGGAUUGAAGUGAUUGACGUGUUGCAAAGGGUAAAAUACAAAAGAUGUCGUAAUGUUUGAUAAGAUUAAACGCCCAAAGCUGAUGAGUGUCUGACUCUUCCAAGAAACAAAAACAGAAAGACGACUUCAUUCUGUCCACUCUAUUUUUUGUUAGCUCUUCUUUGUCUUUCUGACACCCUCGAUCUUUUCAACAGGCAGAAAUGUUGGGUGCACCUCGGAAAUGUUGGAGAAGAACGAGAGGACAGGCCUAACGACUGAAAGACUGAUAACUGAUAACUCCCUGUAGUUGAGCAGAUAUUUCUUAAAACACGCCCAUAUUCAUUUUUACUUUUUUACAUUUUAU